GCACUUUGGCGGGGAGAUCUUUGUUUAGGUUGCUACCUAGGGCCGAGAGCGCGGAGGCGCGCUACCGACGAGCAAUCGAUCGACCGGAAAGAUCGAAUCGAUCGAUUGCGUGCUGCGCUAGUUCUGGAUUGCGUGCUCGAGUGGAGAAUGUUGCGUCUAUGAGGUUCUUGUUUAGCGCCAGCGAUGAUUUCUUCGAGUGAACGGUAGCGGUAGGUGAAAGACUCGUGCUCUAGAUCUUCCAUGCUCGGGGCUGUCGAUAUUUCGGCGAUGACACCGCGAAUCGGGGCGAAUUGCUGCCCCUCCCAAGCGUCCGCGAUAGAAUGUAAGGACUUCUGCCAAGCGGCAACAUUUUCUAGAUUAGUCCAUUGCAAGCUCAAGAGCAGGCGAUGGAUUCGAAGGCGAGUGUCUUGUUCUCUAAAGAGAGGAGAAGACAGCCACGAGAGUAGCUCGGAGACGAGGACGAAAUCCUCGCAGAAGUCUGGGUUUUGGAACGAGACGGAGAUUGGGAAACUGGUUGGGCCAUUGAUUCAUGUUCUCAAUGGUUCUGCCAAGCCCGAGGCCGAGAGUUCCUUGCCGCCAACCCCGAGUCAGGUCGAUGAUUUUCCUGGGAAGAUCGUCCAGGUGCUGAGUGGAACGUCAUCGCCAUGGUCGCCAUCUCAAGUAUCUCAGUUCAAGAAAACACUGCGGUGGGCCGAAAAUGAGUCUCUCAAGUUCGCUCGUAAAAUUGGGAAAGGGAUGUUCGUGGUGGCAGCGACAGGAGCCAUUCUAGCUACUGGAUUACAGCUUUCAGAUGGUGAUCCAAGACUCGAAAGCUGGCUAUGGUUCAGCUGGCUCGCUGGCCUAGUUAUUGGAAGUAUGAUAGGCUCAAAACACGUACUAGAGAGCAACGCGAAGCCGGGGCCUCUUAACAUUGUGAUCACUGGAAGUACCCGUGGUCUUGGAAAAGCACUGGCUCGAGAAUUUCUAAGAGCUGGAGACAACGUCAUCGUUGCUUCCCGCAGUCAUUCGUCCGUUGCCUCCACGGUGGAAGAGCUGACCCAAGAGCUUGAAGAGUCGAGCAGGAACACUUCGACAGCUUUAAGUUGGCCCGAAAAGAAUCACACAAAAAUGUCCGGGAAAGUUGUGGGAACAACCUGCAACGUGUCGAACAGCGACGAAGUGAAAGCUUUAGCUGAAGUCGCAAUGGAAAAGUUUGGAAGCAUUGAUAUCUGGAUUAACAACGCCGGUGUCAACAAGGGGUUUAAACCACUGACAGACUUUGACGACGAAGAGAUCGAACAGAUUGUUUCAACAAAUCUCGUUGGAUCAAUGAUUUGCACUCGUGAAGCAAUCCGCGUGAUGAAAAAGCAACCAAAGAAGGGUCAUAUAUUCAACAUGGAUGGCGCUGGCUCGAAUGGUGCAGGCACUCCAUUAACAGCAGUAUACGGAGCCAGCAAAAGUGGGCUUCGACAGCUUCACGAGUCCCUGCGAAAGGAAUGCAGGGGCUCUCGCGUUGGAAUUCACACCGCAUCUCCUGGCAUGGUUCUUACAGACCUCCUACUAAGUGGAGCAUCUCUUCACAACAAGAAGAUGUUCAACAUCAUCUGCGAGCAGCCGGAAACCGUUGCUCGCGACCUCGUCCCCAAGAUGCGGCGCGUGAAAGGAACAGGAAAGGCCAUCGAGUACCUCACUCCACCGAGAAUCAUUCUCGCCAUCAUCACGGCGUGGUUGCAUCGCGGUCGCUGGUUCGAUGAAGAGGGAAGAGCAGUGUAUGCGGCCGAAGCCGAUCGCUUGAGAGUGUGGGCGGAGGAACGGCAGCGCUCCAAUUUCGCUUCGGCCAUGGAGACCGUUCCCAGCGGCACUUGGGUCUCACUCUUCUCUUCCUCAGUCAUUUGUGCAUACAUUAUUCUCGCCAACGCUGACAGCAAUCUCCCUGGGACGUAAAGAGCUCGUUCGUGUAAGCUUCUUUUAUAGAAAUAGAAUAGCUAUGACAGGUCCAUUGGUUUAUCUCGAAAAGGAUUUGCAAACUUUGCAGUGGCAGCUCCCACCAAGGACUGCUGGCAAGUCUUCACUGUC